UUGUAGCCCCAGAGGCAUGAUGGGCUCUGUCUGGUUGUAGCAUCACAGAGCUUGAUGGGAACUUUCACUCUGAGACCCUUUUAUGGAUAAGAAAACUAAGGCUGGGGUGGCAGGAGCAGCUUACCCCAGAGGUCCUCUCUCCUCGAGGGCUAGAGUUGGGAUAAGCAGGGUCUCUGGGGGGCAGCAAGACCCAGCUCCAACUGUGGUUCCCCUGCCUUCUGGCUGUGUGACUCAGGAGGGUUGCUCAGCUUCUCUGAGCUGUUGUGGUUCGCCAGUGCAGUGUGGCAGGUGUUGGUGCCUUGCUCGGGGAAUGCAGUGUCUAGCCUGGUAUCCUUAGAAAGUGGCUGAGGUUGGAGACUGGUGGGGCAGAGUCCCUGAAGCUGACCCAUUCCUGCCUUGGACCUUCACGGAGAUGCUGCUGGAAGUGGUGAGCUGAGAGCACUGGGCAGGAGUCAGAGCCUAGUGUCUCCCUGUGAUGCUGGGUGCACCCAUGUGGGUGGGUGUCCUUGUCAGGGAGCUCACACCCUUGGGGGUCUAUGAGCUGGCAGGCAGGGCUACCUGGCUUGGUGCGCCCUUGGGUGGGGGCUCCCAUGGGUCCCUUCAGACUGGGCACAGUCCUCCUGUCCUUGGCCCCUGGCCUGCUUGCCCACCUGGGGGUGGGAGGAGACGAGGGUUGCCAGCACAGCUGGGCCAGGCUGAUGGUGAUGCUGUCUGGAAGUGUGGGUGGGGAGAGCCUGGCAGGGGGAGAGUGGGUCAUGCUCUCAGCAGGGUCCCUUGAUGACCUCAGAUUGCAGGGACCAGGUUGUUUGAGAGCUGCAAGCAAGGCCAGGCCUCCAGGGACCCUGUGCUGGGGGUGCCACCCAUGCCCCUCCACCCUGCUCUGGGUGGCCAGGGCAGGCACAGAGUGGAUCGUGAUGCCAGCUGCACCCUUGGGGCUCAUAGUCUGGGGAGCACAUGAGUUCCCCGCACAAUGCUCCCAGGAGGCAGAGCCAGGAGUCCCAGGGAGGCUUUUGCUUGAGAGGAUCUGGGAGGGCUUCCUGGAAGAGGGGACGCCUCUUCGGAAGUGCCCAGCCUCGGAGUUUGUGGAGCCCUCUCCCUGGCUGAAUCCUGCCUGCCGGUGUUACCUGAGUGUGUUCCUCGUUUCAGUGCCUCAGUUUCCUCACCAGUACGCUAGGGGAGACCAGCGUAGCAGCCACAGCUGGGUCGUGAGGAUUAAGUGAGGGGACAGUAGUGUCUGGCACACGGUAGGUGCUGAGUAAACACAUGGAGAAGUGCCGGGGCUGUGGGCUGGUGAGUUGAGCAGGGUGUCUGAACAGGAGGGACUCGGGCGCCCUCCUCCUCUGGGUGCAGGACAGCACCUGCACAGCAGGGCCGCAUUUACAUUUCCAAAGCUGGGCGUGCUCCCUCCAGGCCUCCCCACCAGGAGCGCAGCCCCGCGGCUCCUGCCCUCAGGACCCCCAGCCCACAGCCCCGUGAAGGGGCCAGGGAGAGCUCCGAGGUUCUAGGGAGGGCAGGCAACGGGAGAGGGCGCUGGGCCGGCCGGCGGGAGGAAGGAGGGGUCCCGGGCUGCAGCGCCCCCGGCCCUCGCCGCGCCCCGCACUUCCCUUUCCUGGCCGGGCUUCCUCUUCUCCGCGCCCGCCCUGCGCGGCCCCUUUGUUUCCCGGGCAGGGCGCGGCUAUAUUUAGGCGGCAGGUGUGGGAGCCCUCGGCAGCCGGGUCGCCCGCCGGUCACGCCCCCCACGUGACGCCCGGGCACUAUAAAUAGCCGCAGGCGGCGGUGGCAGCAGCGCCUGGAGCCGGCUCCGCGGCGGAGGGGCGGCGCCCCGACCCGGGCCCAGCACCGUGGGCACCGCCCGGCCGGCGCGUAUGGAGGCGGCAGGACGCCUGCGGCGCGGAUGCUGUGUGCUGCGGACCCGCCUGGGGUUCAUGGAGUGGGCCACGGGGCCCAGCCCUGAGCACUGCUGAACCCAGGCUCGCCGCGCCUGCUGCUGAGGAGUCCCUGCGCUGCUGGCUCUCACCAUUGCCCUCGCCUGCCGAUGGCCUCUGCUGCCCAGCCUGGGGCCAGCUCUACCGCCUGAGCCCCCUGCCCCACUCCAGGACUCACUGUACCCCGAUGGGGUAACGUGACAGAGGCCCCGCACGUCAGAGGCCGCUGUCCCCACGGCCGCUGCCUGUGACCCCUGGCCCAAGGCUGCUGGAGUUGGUUCAGUUCAAGUUCAUUCUUCCUUUGGCCCUUGGGGGCUUGGGGCCCACCUCUGAGUGGAGGGGGCUGUCUGCCCAGCCACCGAUGUGGAGAGGGCGCCCCCAGCGUGGGGUCCAGCUCUGGACACUGCUUGGCGGCCGGAUUCUCUUUGGGCUUUUAAGUUUUCUUUGCUGAGCUUUUUUUGGUUGUUCUUUUUAUUUUUUGCCUCUUUAUGACUAUCCAGCUGUGAGAGACAGGAGUUUGGAGUUGCCCGCUUUACUUUGGGCGGGGAGGGGGCUGUUUUUUUCCUUUUCUUUUUUAAGAUUUGGGGUUUCUUUUUUAAUUAUCCAAACACUGGGCAGCUUCCUCCCCCACACCUAAGUAUUUGCACAAUAUUUGUGCGGGGUAUGGGGGUGGGUUUUUAAAUCCCGCUUUUCUUGGACAAGCACAGGGAUCUUGUUCUCCUCAUUUUUGGGGGGUACGUGGGGACUUCUCAGGACGUGUCCCCAGCCUUCUGUGCAGCCCCUUCUGCCCUGCCGGGCCUGUUGGGAGGCGCCAUGGCUCGGAUGAACCGCCCAGCCCCGGUGGAGGUGAGCUACAAACACAUGCGCUUCCUCAUCACCCACAACCCCACCAACGCCACGCUCAGCACCUUCAUCGAGGACCUGAAGAAGUAUGGGGCCACCACCGUGGUGCGCGUGUGUGAAGUGACCUAUGACAAAACGCCGCUGGAGAAGGAUGGCAUCACAGUUGUGGACUGGCCGUUUGACGACGGGGCGCCCCCGCCCGGCCAGGUAGUGGAAGACUGGCUGAGCCUGGUGAAGGCCAAGUUCUGUGAGGCCCCCGGCAGCUGCGUGGCUGUGCACUGCGUGGCGGGCCUGGGCCGGGCUCCAGUCCUUGUGGCGCUGGCCCUCAUCGAGAGUGGGAUGAAGUACGAGGACGCCAUCCAGUUCAUCCGCCAGAAGCGCCGUGGAGCCAUCAACAGCAAGCAGCUCACCUAUCUGGAGAAAUACCGGCCCAAACAGAGGCUGCGGUUCAAAGACCCACACACGCACAAGACCCGGUGCUGUGUCAUGUAGCUCAGGACCUUGACCGGGCCUGGUGGCCCUGCCCAGCCCUGCUCUGCCCAGCCCAGCAGGGGCUCCAGGCCUUGGCUGGCCCCACAUCGCCUUUUCCUCCCCGACGCCUCCGUGCACUUGUGUCUGAGGAGCCCCCUGGCCCGUGUGGCCUCCGGGCCUUCUCCUGCCUCUGCCGCUCCCUCUGGCAGCGCUGGCCGUGGCUCUGUCUUUCCGAGGUGGGUCGGGCGCCCUCUUCCCGGGACCCCCGCCCACCCCUCCCACACCAGCCCAGGCCGGUCUCCUCUGGCCUGUUUGUUCAGGGCGGGGGUACAUUUUGUAACCACUGGGCCCCCCCAGCCCGUCUUCUGCGACCCCUUGCCCUGACCUGUUCUCGGCACCUUAAAUUAUUAGACCCCAGGGCAGUCAGGUGUUCUGGACACUCGAAGGCAAUAAAUCAGGAGCCGUGGCA